GUCUUCUCGACCGCGGCCGACAACCAGACACAGGUGGGCAUCAAGGUCUUCCAGGGCGAGCGCGAGAUGGCUGCGGACAACAAAAUGCUGGGCCAGUUCGACCUCGUGGGCAUCCCCCCGGCGCCCCGGGGCGUGCCGCAGAUCGAGGUCACAUUCGACAUCGACGCCAACGGCAUCGUCAACGUCAGCGCGGUAGACAAGUCCACCGGCAAGAAGCAGUCCAUCACCCUGCGCUCCAGCGGCGGCCUGUCCGAUUCCGAGGUGGAGCGCAUGGUGCAGGAGGCGGAGGCCAUGCGUGAGGCGGACAGAAGAAGGACACGGUGGCGGCGAAGAACGACGCGGAGACUCUGGCCUACCAGGUCGAGAAGCAGCUUUCCGAGCUGA